AUGAAAGGCUUUCUUUUCUUUACAGUCCUUGCAGUCCUUUUACUAGUGCACAGCUCCCAGGCAGUCUACGUUCAGGAUGGGGAUUUGAAAUUCUCCAUUGAGUCUGUGAAGAAGCUGAAGGAGCUUACAGAUAAGAACAGCCACAUUAAUCCUCGCAUGGUAGUUUCAAUGUCUAGCUACUCUCUAUGUGAUGAAAAAGAUCUCCCUGAGGAGUUCCAAUCUGUGUGCAAAAGAGAAGAUGCAUCCAUGAUUUUUGAGAGGCUAAAUCUGGUUGCCCAAGAAGCUGACUUGUGUGAGAUCUGUGCAAAUGCUGCCUGCUCUGGUUGCUUUUGA